AUGUGGCUCAACCUGCAGGGGCAUGCAGGUGCAUCGGGAGAGAACCCCGGCCAAGCCCGCGCCGAUGCCCCAGUCUCGCGGGGCCGGGCGAUCGCGAACGCUGGCCGCUGCGUCUGGGGGCCAGGCUCGGGCGAGGAGCCGGAGCUCGAGGCGUGCCCGAACGCGCCCGCGCUGGAGCCGACCGUCUCGCUGGAGAUCGUGGCCAGGCAGGACCAGCCACCAGCGGGCGCCGCCUUGACUGUCGAGGACGGCGAGAGCGACUCCGCCUCCGAGGAGGUGCCAGCUGGGCAGCUGGGGCGGACCGCCGGAGCGAGCUGCUGGCCCGACAGCGGGCGCGGCGGCGCGUGGCUCGGAUGCUCGGGGGCGGCGUGGCGGGGCGAGUACAUGGUGGCCGCCCUGAUGCACGCCUUCCCGGGCUUCGGGAGUGGAGGGGGCCGGCGCCUGCCGCGGACCCUCCGGUGCCUGAAGGGAUGGAGGAACUUGUGCCCGAAGUGCAGCCGCCGGCCUCUCUCGUGGGCGGUGUGGGCCGCCCUGGCGCUGGAGCUACUGAGGAGCGGGCAGGGGUGGGCCGGCUUCGGGGUGCUGCUGAUGGUAGACGCGUACCUGGGGCCGUCCGAGCUGCUGAGUCUCCGGCGCGGGUCCCUGGUGCCGCCGGCGCACGGAGGGUUUCGAGACUGGAGCCUGCGCCUCUUCCCCCAGGAGGAGGCCAAGCGCCGCAAGGUCGGGGGCGCCGACGACACCGCGGUGAUGAUUUCCGAGCGGACGCGGUGGGCCGACCCAGUGCUGGCGCAUCUGGCUUCAGGGCCCGCGUCGGAGAGGCCGUUCCCGUGGGGCUACCAGCAGUUUGGCAGGCUGGUGCAGGGCGCGGGGGAGCGCUUGGGGAUCGAGGCGGUGCCGUGCCAGGCUCGGCACAGCGGCAUCAGCCUCGACAGGGCGUUCCAUCUGCGGACCCAGGAGGAGGCGAUGAAGAGAGGAAGGUGGUCAUCAUUUCGCUCUGUCGUGCGCUACGAGAAGACGGGUCACCUGAACGAUGCGUGGAGAAAGCUGAACCCAGACGUACAGGCACGCGCCCUCGUCUGCGAGGAGUGGCUGGUCGACGUGCACCUGC